AUGCCGGAAAUUGUGAACCCGUCUCCUGAAUUUCUCGCUGAGCAAGAAAAACGACUAAGAGAAUGGGAGGAGGAAAAUUACAAACAAUUAAAAGACUAUUUCGACAAAAAGGAUGAUCCCCUCGGCGAUGACUCCGAGCAGGUCAAGGCGAUCGUCUCGGGGGUUCUCACCAUCGCGGCGUUGGCAGUUUACUUGACCGGACCGGCGGGCACAGCCAUCGGAGUCGCCCUGUCCACCAGCGCGGCCAUCGCAACCGCAUUCCAAAAACCUAAGGCAAACGACGAUGUCAAUACGGUCCUGGAAUCCAUUAAAACCCUCCAGAAGAAUGAGAAGAUCAUGAAACAUAUGGGCGCCACCGACGCAUUUUAUAAAUGGGUCAGGGAUAAUCAACAUAUCCUGAAUUCAGUGGAGCAUCACCAGGAAGCUUCCAUGAAGGUGGGUGAUGAAUUAGUAGCCUGGUGUGAAACUUCUGGGAGGAAUAUGCUGAUCAGGGAAUAG